GCGGACGGUGGACGCGGAUAGCUCCGCUUGCAUCCUCGUGCGAGCUAAUUGCGGCUUUGAGAGUCUGAAACGCGAAGGUUUCGCCAGUUGCCUAGGAUUACCCGACUCAGAGCUCUCGUGUCUUAAAGGGAUAUAAUCAGGCAGCUGUUCAAUUUUUGAAUUAAUCAUUUCCUGAUUCUCUCAACAUUCUAUUUCCAUCUCGUCUUCUACGGACGCCUACUCGUUUCUCGCUUCACCUGCCUCACAGUCGCGACUUUUAAUUAAGGAUAGGCAACUAUACGAAACUUGCCAUGCCAUCCGGAUCAGGAAUUUUGCCAGGAUACAACGAGACCAGCCGGUUAUACGCGUCUUCUCGAUAUGAAUCAGGAUUAGUUUGUUCCUUAGACAGAAAGAGGAACGGGGGUAAUACGUCUGCGAAGUUGGCGAGCGACCGAAGGAACGAUCAUCAGGACGGCAGGAGGAAAGGACAGGGAACGAAAAGGACGGACGAGGGACUGCGACUUUUAAGAGACUGCGAACACGGAGGUCCUGCUGCGAACGCGAGCUACCCGCGUCUGGGUGGCGCGUACGCGAUAUGGGUGCAACUUGUAAUGGGGCAACUUGUCAGCUACCGCGGCUCGUCCGUCAGAGGACGAAAGGUAUACCCGGUUCCACUACUCGCCAAGAUAGGAAAUGACGCUCGAUAGCAGGCGACCACGCUUCCCUUUUCCUAGAGAACUACGAUCCGUGCUCCGCUUCGCGCCGCUCUGAGCUCCGUAUUCGUGCCGAAGACAACUGAUGGUACGAGGAAUCGGAGCUUGAUAUCCCGGACACGUAGACGUGCGAGGCGCCGAGAGAGAAAGAGAAGAAAUACCAGCACAAGCUGUGAGAAAACGUGAAGCCGCUAUCGCGAGACUCUAACGAGAACUCUCAUCGUACUUCACCCUUUUUUAAAGCACGAGUUGUUCGCCGCCGCUGUUAACAAACAAUGUUACUAAUCUUCAAUGUACAAUCAAAGAUUGAGUUGUCGUCAGAAUUGUAAUUAGGUGAUGUAAUUGUAGAAAAAAAAGAUAUUAAGAUAACGAUUGAGA